GAACGCCGCCGACAAAAGCUCCACCCGCUUCGGUUGGGCCCGGUUGCCAUGGCGCUCUCCCCGUACGUGCAGUCCAUGCAGGAGCUGUUCCGGGCCAACACGCGCAUCCGCGAGUUCCCCGCGCACGUGGCCAAGGUCCACUCGGUGGCCUGGAGUUGCUGCGGCCGCCGCCUCGCUUCCGGCUCCUUCGACAAGACCGCCAGCGUCUUCGUGCUCGACAAGGACCGACUGGUGAAGGAAAAUAAUUACCGUGGCCAUGGAGACAGUGUGGACCAGUUGUGCUGGCACCCCAGUAACCCGGACUUAUUUGUCACUGCAUCUGGCGACAAAACCAUCCGUAUAUGGGAUGUCCGCACUACAAAAUGUAUUGCCUCAGUGAAUACCAAGGGGGAGAAUAUUAACAUUUGUUGGAGCCCCGAUGGACAGACUAUUGCAGUAGGGAACAAGGAUGAUGUGGUCACCUUCAUUGAUGCUAAAACAUAUCGGUCCAAAGCUGAGGAACAGUUCAAGUUUGAGGUGAAUGAGAUCUCUUGGAACAAUGACAACAACAUGUUUUUCCUCACCAAUGGCAACGGUUGCAUCAACAUCCUCAGCUACCCAGAGCUGAAGCUCAUCCAGUCAAUUAAUGCCCAUCCUUCAAACUGCAUCUGUAUCAAAUUUGACCCAACGGGCAAGUAUUUUGCUACAGGAAGUGCUGAUGCCUUGGUUAGCCUCUGGGAUGUGGAUGAGCUUGUAUGUGUGCGAUGCUUUUCUAGGCUUGACUGGCCUGUGAGGACAUUGAGUUUCAGCCAUGAUGGCAAGAUGCUGGCUUCAGCCUCUGAAGAUCACUUCAUUGACAUUGCUGAGGUAGAAACAGGCGAGAAGCUGUGGGAAGUGCAGUGCGAGUCUUCAACGUUCACUGUGGCUUGGCAUCCAAAGCGGCCCCUGUUGGCCUUCGCCUGCGAUGACAAAGAUGGCAAAUAUGAUAGCAGCAGAGAAGCUGGAACCGUGAAGCUCUUUGGUCUUCCCAAUGACUCAUAAGAGAAGCCUCCCGGGGACUGCAUUUGUAACCUGGUAUUCCUAGUCAAGGCCACGUAUGCAUUGCUUCUCUGUUUCCAAUUUUUGAGCAGGAGCAGCACCGUGGUUCGACAUUCCCAUGCCUAGAAAGCUUGCUUUUUGAAGUUUUUGUAAAAUGCCCAACCAUUCUAAAAGGCACAGAGGCUGACUGGCUGACUAAAUUCUCCAAUUUCUAGGCCAUUAAUUGCUUUUUACUGCAAAGAGGAAGGUACAGCUGCCAGUGGAUUUGAGUGUCUUGUGUGCUGUGCAUUCAAUUAGAAAAACAAUCCCUGCCCUCUAGUUUCUCAGGAUGUAGCAGGCAGUCCCUCUAAAUCCAUGUGACACUGCCAUUCUCAUGACUUGUGUCUCCCUUAAAGAUGGAAAGACGGGAAUAUACUGUUUUUUUGUUGUCACAUUUGGAAUCCUCCUUUCCCUUUGGAGGAGUGCGCGUCUUGCCUCCUUUGGAGGUUGUAUGUGUGUGUUUCAUUCCUUUUGCACCUUAGGGUAAUGAAAGGACAAGGGAUUGGGAAUAGGGUUAUUUUUUUGUCUGAA